UCUAACCAUGUCCUCUGGCCCGGGCAGCACAGCCGGCCUCUGAUCGCAGCACAGCCUUCGACCUAUUUCAGGGGAAAUUAACCCCAAAACCUCUCCACAAGGCCGCGGCCCUGAGCGCAUGCCCCAGGAAAAGCUAGGGAUGAGCACCUCCCUGAGCUACAAGUCGUUCUCCAAAGAGCAGCAAACUAUGGAUAACCUGGAGAAACAGCUGAUCUGCCCCAUCUGUUUGGAGAUGUUCACCAAGCCAGUGGUCAUCCUGCCCUGCCAGCACAACCUCUGUCGGAAGUGCGCCAGUGACAUCUUCCAGGCCUCCAACCCCUACCUGCCGACCAGGGGAGGCACAACUGUGGCGUCGGGGGGCCGCUUCCGCUGUCCCUCCUGCCGGCACGAGGUGGUCCUGGACCGACACGGCGUCUACGGGCUGCAGAGGAACCUGCUGGUGGAGAACAUCAUCGACAUCUACAAGCAGGAGUCCACAAGACCUGAAAGGAAGUGUGACCAGCCAAUGUGUGAAGAGCACGAGGAUGAGAGAAUUAAUAUUUAUUGCUUGAACUGUGAAAUGCCCACCUGCUCCUUGUGCAAAAUCUUUGGUGCCCACAAAGACUGUCAGGUUGCUCCUCUCACAAAUGUUUACCAGCAACAGAAGUCUGAGCUGAGUGAUGGCAUUGCAGUCCUGGUGGGGAGCAAUGACAGAAUGCAAGGGAUUGUCACACAGCUGGAGGAGACCUGCAAGACGGUUGAGGAAUGCUGCAAACGACAGAAAGAACAGUUGUGUGAAAAAUUUGAUUAUCUCUAUUCUGUACUGGAAGAAAGAAAAAAUGAGAUGACACAAAUAAUCACUAGAACCCAAGAGGAGAAACUGGAACACGUCCGCUCCCUGAUGAAGAAAUAUGCGGAUCACUUGGAAGCUGUGUCAAAACUGGUUGAAUCAGGAAUCCAGUUCAUGGAAGAACCAGAAAUGGCCGUGUUUUUGCAGAAUGCCAAAACAUUGCUACAAAAAAUUACUGAAGCUUCUAAAGGAUUUCAAAUGGAAAAAAUAGAGGAUGGGUAUGAGAAUAUGAACCAAUUCACAGUGAACCUCAGUAGAGAAGAAAAAAUAAUACGAGAAAUUGAUUUUGACAGAGAGGAGGAGGGAGAAGAAGAAGAGGAGGAGACAGAGGAUGGCGAAGGCUUGGGUGAAGUCCAUACAGAGUCAUCAGGAGAGGAGGAAGAGGAGGAAGAGGUGGAAGAGGAAGGGUCAGAGGGAGCAGCACAAGCACCUCAGCAGGACCCUGAAGCACAGAGUGCAGGGGAAGAGCCCCUGGCUGAGCCCACUCCAGCACCAGUGCUGGCUGCCCCAGCUGGUCAGGAUGUUGUUGUGACACCAAGUGGUUCUCAACAGACUCCCGAGUCUGACACUCAAGUGCCGGCCACAGCAGAAACCAUCGAUCCCUUGUUUUACCCUAGCUGGUAUAAGUCCCAGUCACGGCAACCAAGCAGUCCAAGCUCAAGCCCGGUGAGCGGGCUGGGGAAAGUAGGGACUCCUGUUUCUCUGGAAACAAGUGCAAAGAAGGCAGAAGCCCCGACAGCAGCAACAAUCGAGGAGAGUGCACCAGGGAGUGGUAAGGAAAGUAAUGCCACUGCAGCGACGUCCAAGACUGGUUCUGAGCCAUACCCUCAAGGACGAGUGGAGGAAGCUCCCGUGAGCAGUGAGAGGGGUGACGAGCCGGCUCGUCAUGUCUUCUCCUUCUCGUGGUUGAACUCACUGAAUGAGUGAUGACUCACUCUGGCUGGCUUCUGGUGUGCUUCUCCUCAGAAGGACCGUGAGCACAGGCAGCCUGGCUGCAGUCAGCACAGAACUGGCCUGGGAAGGGGCAUCCGAGCAGGUCUCAUUCCUUGGAACUCAGCUGACCUCCACAUCAUACCCUUGAACUGACAGACCUGAGAGGGAGGGGAGCAUGGGGACAGAUUACUGUAUGUAUUGUAGUCAGAGUGUUUUCCAAUAUUUUCUUGCUUCCAAGGGGGAAGAAGCAUCACUACAGCUUUAGGCUGAGCACUGCUAGUGUUUUGUAACUCACUUGAUGGCACAUCCCCAUGUAGGUGUAAACACUUCACCAAUGUUCUUAGCUAAAACACUGGUAUGAUAUUCUCUAGUAGCAUCCUUUGCCAAAACAGUGUUUCUCCUCAGUAUCCUCCUGUGUCCCCGCUUGUCAGUGCUGGUGACUUCAGUGACACUACCAUGUCCUUGGCAGCCCCAAGUCAGGGUUGUGUCUAACAGUACUGGUGCUUCCCAGGCUGCGGAGGCUGAACACGGGAGGGAAGAAGGAAGCUGCCAUUUCUUCCUUUGCACUUGCUCUUCCUACUACACCACAACAGAUGACGCUUGCAGAAACACAUUAUUUGUAAGGAAAAUUCCCAGUGGCAGGAGUGAGGAAGAGACACUUAUCCAAAGCACUGGCCAAGACCCCCCCACAGCUCUGAGUAUGUGGGGCAGUUGCUGAAGUGCUGCCCAGUCUGUCCAGGCAUAACUUGUGUCCGUGUCUUCUCAGCCAUCGGUGUGUGUACAAAAGGGGACAUGUUCUUACAUGAAACCAGGGUGCAAUAAGGUGGUCACAGGUAUUCACUCAAGGUUUAAUUUAAAGCCCCUGUGCUGUGCUGUAGAAAAGGUAGAUGCUGGCUUUCCUGUUCCAUGUGCAUUGCAGAUGUUGAGCCACCAAAUGAAAUGAAAUUUGUGUCUUAAAAGAGGCUCUACAAGCUGUACUGAA